GAUGUUGAUGAUGUCGCAGGUACGGUGCGCAUCCUUGGGGAACAUUUCGGUCAUGAGGGGGACAAGAUCGUCUACGUACCUACGCCUAGUCUUGACCCGAACGACCCUCUCAACUGGAGUAUGCGUCGGAAAUGGAUUUUGUUAGCAUGUGUUACUCUAUAUACGCUUGCCAGCGCCUUGUCUGCUUCGGCCUUGUUCGCCAUCUUCACCCCCCUUAGCGAAGCGACAGGAUUGACCAUCGACCAAUUGAACCAAGGUACCGGCUAUUCUUACUUUGCCAUCGGUUUCGGCCCGCUCAUCCUCCAGCCGGCCUCUCUGGCCUUUGGAAAACGACCCGUCUACGUCCUUUCCAUGUUGAUCUGUUGCGGCUUGAAUAUAUGGACCCCUUUCGCCGCGACCUAUGGGCAAUGGGUCAGCAACCGACUUCUCCUUGGAUUCUUCGGUUCGCCCUCGUUUUCCCUGGCUGAAGUCUCUAUCUCCGAUGUGUUCUUUGCGCACGAGCGAGGUCUACCCAUGGGCCUCUAUGUGUUCUUCCUUUAUCUCGGCGCUACCUUGGCGCCUCUUAUGGGCGGCUUCAUCUUCAACGGUAUGGGAUGGAAAGCCGUACUGUUCCUCAACGCGGGUUUCAGCGGACUCGUCGCCAUCUUCUGUUUCUUCUGCAUGCAAGAGACCAACUUUGAUCGUCAAAAGGCUUUCGACCGUCAUCUGGAUCAGGGUGACGAGAACGGAAGCGUCGAGCAUAGCGAGAUUCCGAUGCAGGCUCGUAUCGAGGAUGAAAAUCCCGACGACAAGAAGGAUCAUGAUCACACCCAUCGAAUGUCAGAGGCGGUCGUCGAACCUCACAUACCUAUCAGCACGGUCCCGCUAAGGCCUUGGCGGCCGUGGAUGGAAGCGGUUACCUUAUCUCCACAUGCUGCUGGAAUAAUGAGUCGAGGGGUCUUUCAACCGAUAGCUUUGCUGGGGUUACCAAUGGUAUGGUGGCUCGGGCUUAUGUAUGGGAUCUAUCAAAUCUGGUUCAACACGAUUGGAUCUCUCAUCUCAUUCACACUGUCGGCGCCACCUUACUCGUUUGGAGUCUCGGGAGUCAGCUUGUCCUACAUUUCGCCCUCCCUUACUUCCAUCCCGGGGGCGGUAUUUGGAGGCUAUAUCAGCGACGUUUACUGUAUGCGCCAAGCCAAAAGGGCAGGAGGAACGCUCGAGCCCGAAAUGCGGCUCAAACUCUUCUGGAUCCCCUCCAUCCUGAUCGUCGGCGGUCUCUUGAUGAUGGGCCUUGGUCCGUACUACGAAGCACAUUGGAUCGUCUUUGUCCUCGGCAUGGGGGUGCUGAACAUGGCAGGACCUUUCGCUACGGUCUUGAUCCUAAACUACGCUUUUGAUGCUUAUCAUCCCAUCGUCCCGAAAAACCAUUAUGGCCCUCAAGCGGCGGCACCGUACAUCAUCAGUAUGAUGAUCAUCGCCAUGUCUAUGGCGUUCGGCUACGGCUACUGCGUUACACCUUGGAUCACCGGUCUUGGCUUCCGAGAUUUCGGUAUUACCGCCGCGGCCGUCGCAACAGGGUUCAACUUAUCAGUGUUGAUCAUGAUUAAGUGGGGCAAAAGUUUCCGACGUCGAGGUCAGGGAUAUUAUCGCAAAGUCAUCAACUGGUAGAGCUCUUUCCGCUGAAGGUACCGAACCAUCGGAAGGAUUCUUGUAUAUAUCCGAAUUGUAUGUCGAGCGUCACAUUGUAACUUCUCGGUUUGAGCACCGGUCUCAUCAGUAAAUUCUGCGGUAUCGAUGUACCGAUGACCCAGGCUGAUGUAGCGUUUCAUUUGGGAAUCGUUUGCCGCCCGCGUCAGGUCCUGCUUUCGACGCCAUAGAUACCAGUUAUUUCUCUUCACAUUACUUUGUACAACGUCGCAAACCCUGAGAUCUAUUUAGAACAUAUGAGUGCCCUGAUUCGGGGGAAUG